AUGCAAGCAUUGGCGGCAACACGGUGUGGCGCGGUCUCGUGCGCCAUCUCGAGAUUUCUAAGCGCCGCAUUCUGCAUCCUGCAUCUCGGGAAGGACGUGGAUCGAUCUCGGAUGGAUGCUGCCAGCGAGCUGGCGUGGGAGGCUUCGCUUGUGCGCUUGAACUGUUUGUUCAAUGCCCACCGCUCCGAGCAGACCGGUAUCUCAUGCGAGUUUUACAGUGGCUUUGCAGCAUUUACCGGUCCCAUGUGCUCGAGACAGGUGCGUUCGGAUGCCGAGCUUUCACAGAGGCACUGCAGAGGCACACCAGUGUGGAAGCACUCACUCCCUCCUCCUGGAACCGCCGCGGUAUCUAGCAGCCCGGCCCAAUCGCGACUGGAUCGCUUUGGGCGUACUCGGCUCAAUGCCAACCCGGUGUCCGGAAAAGACACGCCAGCUGUAGACCCAGACUUUCGAGCCGAUUUGCGGAAUUUCACUGCUUCUGCUGCCGCUGCUGCUCUUAACCCCUCCUUUGGUUCUUCCGCUCUGCGGGUCGUGGUGCCCAUGUGCUGCUCGAGGACCAUGAUCCCGCAGGCACCAUGGCGCGGCUCCUCCCUGCGGCGAGACUGGGCGUGGGGGCGCAUCUACGAGAUCGACCUGUCAUUCCACUACUCAACUCGACCCGCCCUGCCUGCUUCCCUGGUUGGGCCCGCACUCCGCCCAUGCACCGGGCACAGGUUUGACCAAAACUGCUUCGUCGCCGCGCAGGCUGUAUUUGGCUCCGACGCUUGGUCGCGGCACUCCGAGGCAUUCCUGCACCCUACCUCGUCCCAACAUCUUUCUUUUGUCGUCUGUUUUCCGCAUCAACCCCGAACCGCAAAACUCGACGGCAUCAUUCAUCCUCGUGUUCCGCCUCCGAUCAUCAGCUCCAUGUCCGUGCAGCUUGAGCGUUUCGAGUCUCGUAAAUUGAGCUGUCUGAACCCAAGACGGGCGAGCCAUGAAGUUCCUGGGGCUUAUGAUCCUGGUAGCAAAACGUUCCGCAGCACGGGCCGGAUUGCAGGGCCAUUCUCUUUGCUGCAGCCCAACUUUCCUUCUUUUCGGACCACCACCCACCGUAGCAACCCCACCUUUCGUGCCUCGCAUCAUUCUAGCCGCCCACCUUGUCUUCGAACCUCAUCACCACCCACUCCGUUGCGUCAGCCUCAGCUCGGCCUUGCACGGCGUUCAUUUGCUCUCACCGACUGCUCGGUUCUGGCCACCGCGGCUCUCCCCAUCUCGCCAGCGCACGCCUUUGCAGCCAUUGUUCCACCCGGGAGCAAGAACGGAUCCUUGGAAUCAUACCGAUCUUUCGCCCAAGCAUUUGAAUCUCUUGCCGGUCUGCCGAAAAGCGGUGUUUCGCUUCUCACUGGCAUGGCACAAUCGGGGUAUGGCCUGGGACCAGGGCCGUCGCGAUCUGGUCAGUACUACGACGAUGCACUCAGCCAUGGUCGUCACAGCUAUGAUGAGCUAGCGUCGGCAGGCAUGCCAUCGGGAGGCUCGGGUAGACCGACAGCAGUCUACAUCGAUGGCUCGCCGCUGCUUGCAGCCUCUUCGUCGUCGUACGAUCACACAGGUGCUCUGCGCAACAACACCCACACCCAGUCGUCGCUCAGCUUGCACACCUCGAGCCUGCAUGAUUCGCUGUCCCCGAACCACUACAACACAUUCUUGCCGCACGAACAUGCAGGAUAUGCUCAGCACGAACAGCCAAGCCCGUACCUGGGCAAGUCGUCUCUGCACGACAAUCAUCACGCUCAUGCGUAUCCACACCACCAUCAGCAUCAGCCGCACCAUCCUCUUCAUGGCCGACACAUCUCGGAGCCUCACAUGUCCAUGCCCAUGCCCGGCGAGCCGCAUGGCGGGCACAGUGCGGGAAUGCAUUUUGGCUUUGCGGCGCACGGCGCGCAUGGGCACCCGUCUCAGCACGCCCAUCAUGCAUAUGGCUCGCUCGAUGCCGAACGGAAGCCUUUGGCCCACGCGCCGGCUCCCGAACCGCACACGCCGCGACCGCCGAAUGCCUGGAUCCUGUAUCGGUCGCAGAAGUUCCGCGAGCUGCAGAAGAAGCGCGAUGCGCACUCGCAGGCUGGCUCGUCGGAAAAGCCCAAGUCGCAGGCCGAGAUCUCGCGCAUCAUCUCGCGCAUGUGGCAGAACGAGACCGACCCGGUCAAGCAGAGGUUCGAGGCGCUUGCCGACGAGAAGAAGCUGGCACACCAGAGGAUGUACCCCACCUACCGCUACCGGCCCAAGAAGAAGGCCAAGACCACCAAGGCGAAUGCCGCCGGAUCCAGCCAGCAGCAGCAAGUCACCGACAAGGCAGCAUCCGAAAGCGGCGACAUCAAGAAGGAGCCGGGCUCUUCGUCGUUGUCUGCAUACCAAGGUCGUUCGGGCUCGGACAAGAAGGCGAGCUCCAACUUCUCCCACUCUCCUGACCCACUCGACACGAGGCGAAGCUCGGCUGACUGGAAGCGUUCAAUGGCGUAUGCGGGCGAAUCGAGCAUGCAUCAAGCUCCCGAAGGCGGCGAGGCAGGGCCGCGCAGGGGCGCGUAUGGCUCGGGCAAGGAGCGCGGAGACCUCCAAGCGAACAUGCAUUACGGGCGAUCCGUCAGCGGAGCUGCUUCUGGAUCCGAGGGUACGUCGAUGCCGUCGUACAUGGGCGCACGUAUGCAUCCGUAUGGCGAUCGACAGGGUUUGAUGCGCCACGAAAGCUCUCGAUCGUCCGACGUAUUCGGUGAGAGUCAAAGCUCUACGGCCACGUACGCCGGUAGUCCUUGGCCCGACUCGGAGUGUGUAGGCGCGUCGUCUACCAGCAGCUAUCUUGACGGACUUCGAGGUGGAGCGGGCACUUAUGCUGGGAUGGCCGGACCGCGGGUUGGGACGUCUUCGUCUUUGGUGGCACCGUCUGCAAGUGGCAGCGCGUCUCUGAUGUCGCUGUCGCCGAUCCAGCGGCCCUCGAUUCCUUCGCAGCACCUGUCUCACGCCAUGGACGGCCUCAACAGCGAUCUCAGCCUGGCAGGUCUCACCUGCCCCAGUGGCGGGACAGGCUACAGCGGUGCCGACCCGGGCUUCCGUGCAUCUCCCCUGGUCAACGACACGGCUCGCUUUGGUCCAACGUUCGGCGAUGCCAGAUCCGAGGUCCCCAGCGGCCUGUCUGCGCCCGGAGCGAACCCGCGCAACCUUCACGAAUCACUGGACCCUCACUCGCGCCUGCAAAACGACUGA